GGUCUGUUUUUCGGCCACAUUCUCUGUGAAACAGCAGGAUGAGGGUUUUUCUUCUGCUUCUCGGACUGCUUUCUUUCGCACACGCGGCUGAAGAGUCAUGUAUUGAGCGCUGUGAAAAUGGGUUUGAUGCCACCAAGAGCUGUCAGUGUGACUCGAUGUGCACAUACUACAAGAGCUGCUGCACUGACUAUGAGUCUUUAUGUCGUAUCAAGACUCGUGGAGACACCUUUCCUUUUCACCCCGAAGAUGAUUAUGAUGAGGAAACAAACAGCACAGAGGUUCCAAUCAGAUCCAGACCGCAGGUCAGAGUUUUGUCUCCAUCUCCAGUGGAAAUAUCCAGCAUGGUAACACAAGUUUUGGAUACAGCGAAUGACCCAACACCAGUUAUUGCCACGGCUGCCACUCCAACCAAUAAAAACCCAAUCACAACACCAGGAGCAACCACAGCUGCUCAGCCCACACCAACUAAAGCUAAAGACCCUGAUGCUGAAGUGUGCAGCGGCAGACCCUUUGAUGCCUUCAUGCAGCUCAAAAAUGGCUCUAUAUAUGCAUUCAGAGGAGAAUAUUUUUUUGAGCUAGAUGAGAAAUCCGUAUUACCGGGUUACCCAAAGCUCAUCGAAGACAUCUGGGGAAUAAAAGGUCCAAUCGAUGCUGCUUUCACUCGCAUAAACUGCCAAGGAAAAACAUAUAUCUUCAAGGGUAAUAAAUACUGGAGAUUUGAUGAUGGUGUAUUAGAUGAAGACUUCCCACGAGACAUAUCUGUGGGAUUUGAGAAGAUACCGGAUCAUCUGGACGCUGCCUUUGCCACUCCUGCACACAGCCAUCAUGGCAAAGAGAAGGUUUAUUUUUUUAAGGGAGAUCAGUAUUACCAUUACGAGUUCAAGCACCAGCCAUCCCAUGAGGAAUGCAUUCAGAUGUCACUGAGAUCUCCCUCGAUGCUCUUCAGAAGAUACACCGAUAUAUACUACGACCGAUGGGUUGAGCAUUUCAACCAGCUUUUUGGUGGAGCCCGGAGUCAUCACGGCCAUCACUUCAUCAACAGAGACUGGAUUGGCAUCAAAUCUCCAGUAGAUGCUGUGCUAGUCGGCAGACUCUACAUCACUCCGAGAUGGCAAAACAGAAGGCGCCAGGACAGAAAUCGGCAGGACUGGGACCAGCAGCAGGGUCAGCAAUACGGGCAGCAGUGGGACCAGCGUUAUGGGCAGCAGUGGGGCUCCAGGCGCAGACAGAACAGGUCACCCUACUGGGAGAGCAUGGCUGAAAGGGGCAUCAGCAUUGGGCAGGAGUUCAGUCAGAGGCAGGACAGGUGGCGAGACCAAGACAGACGCAGAGACUAUUAUGACAGACAAAGUGACUACGAUUAUGACUACAGAUACAAACCUACUGAAGACAUCGUCUACAACAUACUGCGCAGGAGUCAGCCUUUACAGAGUGUCUAUUUCUUCAAAGGAGAUAAGUAUUACAGAGUGAAUCUCCAAACGAAGCGUGUUGACUAUGCCAACCCUCCAUACCCAAGACCUAUCGGAAAAUACUGGCUUGGCUGCAAAGACACGCCCGGAGCAGAAAAACGAUGAGUCCAUCUAUAAAACACUGCCAUUUAAUAAUAUUUAUCAUACAAAAAAAUAACCUCCUUUAUAGAAUAUCUGUGCUGGUUUUGACACUAAUAGAAAGACACUGUUCAUAAUGUUUUACAGGCCGUAGUAACUAAUCUGAGUUAUAUUCUUACUCAUGCUCAGUUGACAUCAUGUAUAUUUUAUUCAAAGUAUAACAGCUUAAAUGAACUAAUACAUGGAUUUGAUCAUAUUAGAAUUGGACUAAUAUGAAAAUAAAAGAACAUUUGUAUUCCUCAAUAAACAAUGCCUUCGAAAGUC